AUGAGGUCGCAUACACCUUCUGGUGACCCUCCGGGACGGAGAGGCUCAGUAACAAAUCGUUUUCGAAAUAGCACUGGCGGAAGCGCGCUUCCAAGACCUCAUACUUCACUACGGGAAUCCAGAUUCCGCGCAACACAACCUACAUAUAACCUCUUCACUGGAGGCGAUGCGAAUAGUCGCCCUGCCUCCCGUCAAAGUUCUGUUCGCGCCGCCUCACGCGAGAGCUCGAAAGAAAACAUGGCACCGCCGGACGCCGCCGAAUAUGAGUCUCAACGACAGGUGAUUGAAGAGCUCAAGGCUGAGUUGGGCACCCUCCGGUACACAAUCAGCACAUUCGAGCAAGAAAAACAAAUGGCAGAUGCCCGACAUAAUGCCGAGCUCGAGGACCAGCGCCGCCGCGCCCAAGCCGAUUUCACUGCGAAACAGGCAGCCGAGAGCGAAAAGUCGCAAGCCCUGCGCCAGUUGGAGAAUGCGCAGAAGGAAUUGAACGACCUGCGCGACAGUGCUUCUGAAGAGAAAUCGAGCCUUGAGAAGAGAGCACGAAAUGCCGAAGAGGAAGCACGUCUGCUUCAGGAACAAUUGGAGGAUUUAUCAAGCACAAAGGAUGAAGCCGCUCGCAUCAGCGAGAAGAAAACACUCGACCUCGAGAUGCAACUACAGGCCGCGCAAAAGUCUACACAAGAAUUGGAACAGGAAUCGCAGGCCCGAGAGGCUACGCUGCAGCAGGUUCAGUCCCAGCUCGUCGAAAAGGACAAUAUCGUGGGAAACCUCGAAGCGGAGGUGCUCCGACUCAAAGCCCAAACGGGCGAUGCCGAUACCAUGGCUAUCAUCAAGCGCGAAUUAUCAGAGCAGGUUACGCACAUUCGCAACCUCGAGGCCACCAACCGCGAACAGCUCUCUGAGCUGAAACACCUGCGCCAGAUUCACCGGGCCGUCGAAGUCGUUGAAGAGGAGAAGCGAUCCCUUCAGCGUAAGCUCGAAGCCGCCCAGUCUCUCGAGACAGAGUUGGCUGAAGCCCGCCUUCAACGUCAGCGUCUUGAAGAUGAGCGCCUUGCCUGGACGGCCUACCUGGCUAGCACCGGCACCGAAGCCGAGUUCGAUUCCCCUGAAGCCGUUGCGCGCGCUCUCAUCCAAGAACGCUUAAGCUCUGCGUCCCAUGUCGAGAAGAUCGGCGCCCUCCAGGCUGAGCUUGCAUCGCAAGAAUCCGUUUUGAGCUCUCUCCAACAAGAGCAUGCUACUCUCAAGUCACAACUCGCAGAGGCAAAGACCGCUGCUACGACUCAGAAUGUCGACAAGGCCCGCCUACGUACCGAGCGCCAACGGGUCCUUGCAGUGAAGGAGGUCGAAUACCUGCGCGCACAACUCAAGACGUUCGAUGCAGAGGACGAGGCCUUCCAACCAGAGGCUGUUGACGAGACAAGAGCUCGCCGCAUUCAGGAGCUCGAGGACCUCGUCGACAAGUACAGAUCCGAAGUGCAGACUCUACAAACGGAAAUGUCUGCCAUUGAGUCUGGUGGCGCCGCCCAGCCAGCACCGGCGGUCGCCGGUACCAAGCGUCCUCGCGACGAAAAUGACGAAGCAGUUCACGAACAGCUCGGCCUUCUCACCCGCAAGAACCGAAAGCUCCAAGACCAGCUGUCGGCAAUCCAGACCCAGCACGCUCUUUCCCAAAAGGAGCUCUCUGUCGUCCAAGAGCAGCUCAAGGCUCUCAAGGCCCAGUCCAAGACUCGCAUCCUUUCCCUCCGCUCCAACCCCACCUCUGAUUUUGAGGCUAUCAAGAUGUCUACCCUUAACGCCCUCAAGCAAGAAAACGCAGACCUGCUCGCCCAGCUCCGCUCGGACCCUUCAGUCCGCCUGGUGCCCUUCAGCCAGCUCGAUGCUGCGAACCGUUUGGUAGAAGAAGCCCGCGCCGAGACGGCAUCCGCACAAAAGUCCGCCAAGCGUCUCAAGGAAGUCUGGUCCAAGAAGUCGCUCGAGUUCAAGGAGGCCAUCUUCUCCACCCUUGGCUGGACCGUCAUGUUCAUGCCCAACGGAAAGAUGCGUGUCGAAUCCACCUUCUACCCCUCCCAGACGGACGAGUACGAGAACUCCAUUGUAUUUGACGGCGAAAAGGGCACAAUGAAAGUCGGCGGCGGACCGCGGAGCGCCUUUGCGCGUCGUAUCGGUGACCAGAUUGGUUUCUGGGUGCGCGAGAAGGGGUGUAUCCCUGGCUUCUUGGCCGCUCUCACACUAGAAUUUUACGAGGAGCAUUCGAGAAAUCAGAACUCUGCUGAAUAG